AUGGCCAAGAGUUCGAGAUCAAGUUCGAGGAAGGAGAACAACCGGCGCAAGGCUGCCAGUGUUUUCAGCCCAGCUGAGGUUGCUCGAAACGAGCGCCUGUCCACGAAGCUCUUGGAGUUGGCGAGACAACCCAAGCCCGAGUCCUCAGAUGCGAACAUGGACACCAACGCAGCCGACGACGUGGUUGAAGACAUUGACAGCGCCCAGCCUGGCAAUGACAUCGCUGGCUCAGUUAUGGAAGUAGACUCCAAGCCUCCAAAGUUGCGCAUUGGGAAGAAGCGCAUCGACAAGAGGAGACAGAAGAAGUCGGGUAUUGUCUUUGCCAGAUACAGUGACAGGCUGGCCAAGAAAAAGAAGAAGGGCAGCCGAUAA